CUUCGUAUCCCUCCCGAAGAUGAUUACAGAUUUACAAGCAGCAGUACGUAGUAUGGUGCUGUCCUCGUCACACCUUCAAAGACAUUAUACAAAAAAAACUCGCCGAACAGGUCAUGUUGCUGUCUCACUCUUACCCCUACCCGAUAUCGUUAUAUCUCCUUCAUCGACAUUACGUUUUUUGGUGCAGUCCGAGUCACACGUAAACUUUAUUUUGUUCUUUUGAUUACAUCGUUUAUAAUAAUUCAAAAUGGGCGGAAGGAAAAGAUCACGAUCGAAGGAGAAUGACUACGAAGGUCUCCUUAAAAAAAUUAGGAAAAUCGAACAUAAAGUUAGAAAGAAACGCCGCCUACCCUCAACCUCGUCAUCGGAAAGUGAAACAUAUCGUAAUGAUAUUACGGAAGAUUUGGCCGUUGAAAUGCCUUUACAAGAGGAAUCAUGCGAGGCCGACGAUAUAGAAGGAAACAUUGAUGCAAAUAUUACUGACACGGAGAACCUUGACCUAGAACAAGAUAUUUUGGAAAUAUUAGGAGAAGAUCCAACAUCAGUAAAAUCCUUUGGAGAUGACUUACACAAGGAUAUUGCUCCUAGGUGGAAGCAUAUUUUAUUAAAUGGCCUCUCUAAAGAGAAUAGGUCUGAAUUAUUAAAAACAUAUUUGGUACCAGAAAAUUGUACAUAUUUAAAAGCGCCUAAACUUAAUCUUGAAAUAAAGGCUGCGCUUACGGAGAUGAAUAACAAAAAAGAUAUGUACAGCCAAAGUAAGCAAAAUCAGUUAGGCAGUGGCCUAGCAGCGCUGGGAAAAGCCCUAAAUUUAGUACUUAGUAAAACAGCUGAUGUCAAUGGAUUGAUAAAGCCAUUGAGUGAUGCAGCUAAAAUGUUCUGCGAUUAUUACUUCAAAGAGUCGCAAUCGAGACGGUUCGCUGCCAUGAAUACCUUGAAUAAACAAACAAAAGAUGUGAUAAAGAAUACUAAAAUUGAUGAUUUUUUGUUUGGGUGUGAAUUGGCUGAACAACUAAAAUCCUCAAAAGCAAUUUCAAAAUCAGGCAUUGAAAUGCGUUCCCAAGUUACGACGGCUCGUCCUGCAGCCAGAAUUUCAAGCACGCCUCAGGCAGGUCCGUCUACCGCAGCCCGGCGUGGGGCUUUAAACGGGAGGGGAGCGCCGCGGGCGGCCGCCGAGCCGCGAGCGCCCCAGACCACCUGGAGACAGCACUCGGCGCGCGACCAGAGCUCCAAGAAGCCCAAAAACCUGCCGCGGUAUCGCUCGAAGAGACGUUGA